GCCUGAGUGAGAGUGGGCAGGCGUCCUGACGAAAAAAGGAAGCUCUCCGCCCAACUUCCAGCCGCCUGUUCUUGUCCUCCUCCUAACAAGCUGGAAACGAAAGAAUUGAAACACGGACCAGCUACUUUCUACCUUUUAGUACAAACUGGACACCUCAGCAGACGGUCGUCUUCGGGAACGGGGAGCAAUCCCUCACACCAACGCUCUUUGUGGAUGAAUACAUUUGAGGAAAAGGAUGAGCGGAAUUUUGGACUUUUACGUUUUAAGUUGCCUCUUCUUAGCGGUCAAAACAGAGUCUGCAACACCCCCCCUGGAAAGGUUAUAAGGAGAUGCAAGGGCGAUUUCUGUCCUUUACUGUUACAACUGUCUGUAGUAACAACAAGAGUGAACCGGUUGUCAUCAACAUCACAUACCCAGAACUGGUGAAAGAUCCACACUGCUACAUUUACUCCUCCACACAAAGUCACUGCUCCUGGAUCCCAGCCAGUAACGCUUCGAAUCUCACUUUUUUCUACAUUUUAACAGAUGAGAAUUUCGAAGUAGUGGCUAACAGUCAGUUGAACCUUACCAUUACACCUUUACGGGAGUGCUCAUCGUAUACCUUCACUAACGACGUCAGGACUGGUUGUGAUCUGCAGAGCAAUGUGCAUCAGGCUAUCCACACUGUAUUUAAUGCAAUGGUGGACAACAAGCCUGCCAGGAACACCUUCAAGAUUCAAGCACUCAACGUGAGCCCUCCUGCACCUCACUUGAAAAUCAUUGACACUGGGGAUACAUUAAAAAUGAACUGGUCUGCUCCUGACAUCUUACCUCCCUCCUCCUGGAAGUUUCUACUUAAAGUCACCAAGUGCAAUGAAGCAUUGGUUCACGAAUCUGACCGAACUUCAUAUGAACUGCACAUAGAUCCUUCCUGUCAGUACUGUGUCGCUAUUAAAGCUGUGACAAAAGUUGAGAGAGGAGAGACAACAUGGAGUAACAGCACUUGUUUUGGUACAAACAAAGCUCCUAAAGCGUUGUAUGCUUUCCUUAUCAUCCCAUUGCUGUUGAGUGGCCUGGCAGCCCUGAUGCUGGUUUGCUGCAUAAAAUAUAAGAAGGACAUCUUCCCCGAAGUACCAGAACCACGGGAUCUCGUCAGCGAUAUUGCUGACAACAACAAUAAGAGCACUGUUUGCAACUUCUACGUCCCAGAAGAGGAAGAACAAAGCUGUAAGAUAACUCUGGUGUUAGAUCCUGAAAACAACAAACCUUAAUCCGGACGCACCUCUGCAGUGGCAACAGCUGAAAGUCUCCCGAUUACUGGCACAAAAAAAAAGAAAAUGGGAGACUCACUUACUGUUUAGCUGAUGAAUCCAGGAGAGUCUUGGGAGGGUGCUUGGCACAGACUGACCGGAAAUUCAGUUUCACAAGGCCUGCGUGCUGUUAUGCAGACCGUUUAGUGAGUUACACACUGAAUGGAACCCGAGGUCACCCCAAAGAUGCUACCACAUAAAGCUAAAUGCACAUUCAUAUCAAUAUUUUUAUACACCUUCCAUUUCCUUAUCACCAUGGUAUUUUUACACACACCAGCAUCACCAUUUUUGCCAUUGUUAUCAACUGUAUAUUUGUUUAGAGUUGCACAAAAAGUCCACCAUUACCAGCGCUACCACCAAAAACGUGUCCUCGAUUAAAUGAACACAAAUGGGGACAUCCUUUCCUUGGCCACCUUUUUUUUACCUGAGCAUUAAGUGUUUUGUUGCACUAAAUAAGCCUCCAGAGGUUUUCCUGAAAGUAGUGCCUGAAGCAGCACAGUGCAGUCGUUGUAACCCCAGCAGCAGAGCAUCAGUGGAAAUGAGCCGCCAUUGGGUAGCUCAGUAGUACGGAGCAGCAAGAGAACUGUAUAAUCUGUACAUCCAGGUGCUGAAGCACUUUGCAGACUAUUGUAAUAACUCAUUCUUUUAGCAUUUACCUUGCAUUGCUACAACACUUGCUGCUCUCAGAUUGCGUGAGGACGUGAGGAAUUUCUACUUCUCUGUUUUAUAUCAUUGCAUUGGAGGCAUCAUCCUCGGCUUUGGGGACUUUUUUAUUUAUUUUUUUUAAUCAAAGCAGCAGCCUCUGUGUUGAACUGAACAAUCUACCCAAAAGAAUAACCGAGGAUCUGUCACCUGUAGCCCCCUGAUAAUGUCACUGCUGAGAUGUUUUUUUUAAUAUUUUAAUAUUUUUUAUGUUUUGUCUUUGUUUUGUUAACAUUUGGGCAAUGACACUAGAUUAGCGUUCUAGGUUUACAUCUGUUUACCUGUUGGUCAGUGGGCGUUGUCCCUGUCAAAUGAACUUUUAGAGGUUUAGAAAAUGGUUUAGUUGGCAACCAGAUGAGGAUACGAGGGUAUAGACUGAAUGUUAAGAUAAGAGAUUAUAACUACCACAAUUUGGACUUAAUGAAAGAUUUUGAUUUACAGUACUCCAUUGUCUGCUGGGAGAGCAAACAGCUCCGAGCCAAUGUCAUGGUUUAACUUACAACAGCAAGGAUUUAUUUUACUUCUGGUCUUAGGGCAGUUGUGAGAGCUGAAAAGCACCUGAAGGAUAUUCGAUUUGCACUUUGGAGAACAAAGGAAUAUAAUUAUACUGAAUGUACAAUGAAGGAGUCCGGUAUGAGUUCGAGGCUUAGAUUUCUAAAAAUCUCAAACUUUAGUUCCCAUUAUCUCCUUUUUCCUGUUGAUGACUGAAUGUGAAAUGAAUGAUGUGUUAAUGUAAAACACUGAUGUAUCAAUGUUGUUGCUGUACAGUUUGAAAUAACUAAUUGAAUAUUAGCCAGACUGGCUAAUUCUGGGGUGCUUUAUAUACUAAACGCAUUUAAAUAAACAUUUUGAGUUGCCACGUCUGCACAGAAAAUAAAGUUUCACUUUUUAAUGUCA